AUGCGAAAGCGUAAACAGGGCGCCGCCUUGUUCGGCAGCGAGCCGAAGAAGGCCAAGAACCCGUCCGCCGCGACUAGGCGGAAGGAGGCCGCUGCGAAGGCGGCCAAAUUUCAGAAGCUCCCGAAGGCGCCUCCCAUGGAAGCCGCCCGUCUGGAGAAGGCUGAGGCAGACAAGGCGGAGGCCGCCGCGCUAAAGAAGCUGGCGGAGGCUGAGGCUGACGCCGCAGCGAAGAAACGGCUUGAAGAAGCCGUGCGCCGCCAGGAGCCACUAUUCGUCGUCCCUCUGAACUCAGCGCUGCCACUGCCAGAGUUUGUGGCGCCGACUGGGGGUGCCGGCGACGAGCACCCGAUCAUGGAGAGGGAAGGCGGCGACAUCGUCAUGCCGGACGUAGUCGUGCCUCCAGCACCGCCGUCUGGGGGAGCGCGGGACAAGCAGCUAGCUGACCCGCCAGUGCCACCAGCUGAACGCGAGAUGGUGACGGGCCUGACUCCCGAGGUCCGCACACCAUCGCGCCGCCUGUUUGCAAAGGCGGCUUCGGCGCCACACCCGCUGGAAGUCAGUGUCACGAGCUCUUCGAUCCCGGACGCCGAGGCGACCAGCGCCGCGCCCGCUGAUUGGGACUAUCACAACCUCCGCGCAGUCGCCUUCAACUCUAACAUCCGAGAGCUGGACCGGCGGGCUGCCGACUUGUCAGAAAGCCGGAAGGCCAACGCUACCCUGCAGCAGCAGCUGGGUGAAGCCAACACCGCGCUGCGUGCCAAGGAGGCAGACUGCAGCAAGCUGGCCGAGGAGCGUGACCGACUGACCACGCAACUGGCGGAGCAGGCGGAGCUUCUCAAGAAAGCCCAAAAGGAGGCGGAGGAAAAGGAGGUCGGCCUCCUUGCUGAGUUCGAGACCGAACGCUCUGCCUCGACCGAUAAGGGGGCUUUGCUGACUGCCGGCUUCGGCAAAAUUAGAGACAUGGUUGACGACUUCCUCCCUGGUCACUCUGCCGCCGCCAAUCAGGCCAUUGAGGCUGACCGCGUAGAGCGGAGGGCAGAAGGUGCGCAGAUUGCUGCCAACGCCCCCCGGACCCUCAGCGAACAACUUCUCAGUAUCCAGGAGGCCCACGAGGAGCUGGUGGCGGUGGAGCGUGAUCUUGUCAAGCGGGCGGCGGCGAUCGCCGAGUACACCAACACCAGCAUCUUCGUCCCGGAGCUGGCUGAGAAUGGUGCCGAGGCGCCACCAGAGUGGUUCGGGCCGAACCCGGAGGAUGGAGAGGACUCGGCCGAAGUGAUCGACUCCAGCGACGAGGGAGAAGACGAGGAGGACGAGGAAGGUGAAGAGGAAGCGCCAGAGGCCGACGCCCGCGGCGAAGAAGAGGAAGGAGGAAGAGGUGGUACUGCUCGGGACCAGAUCGCCUACGGCGGCCGCACCCCUCUCCAUGGAUAA